AUGGCGAAGAAACCAGACCUGUUCUCGCCAUGGAAAGCUCGUCAAUUUCUUCUCGUCCAACUAGUUUUCUUGAUUGUGUUCCUUCUUUGCCUGGUUCCGGUUAAAGUGUCCGGCAUAAAUCUUCCAAUCGGAUUUCUGUCUUCUCCUCAAGAUCACCUUGCGUUUCGAACAGAGCAAGACAUUUAUAGCGCUCUACAAAUGGCCGUAAAUGACGCCAAUCAACAGUUAUCGAAAACCCUCCAACUGGCGAUUACAUUCAAGCAAGUUAAAGUUAACCAAUCUGUUACAGUUGCGCUAGAAGAGUUGUUGAAGUCAGGAGCGGUAACAGUAUUUGGACAUAAUGACAUCUGCAGCUACGUCACAUCAGCAUUGAAGUCGCACAAUAGAAUCGCCAUAUCCAAUGUCUGUGGAGACGAAAAACUGUCCAACAAAGAACUCUUCCCAGCAUUCCUACGCACCCGUCCCCCUGAUUCACAGAUGGUCGAGUCCAUGCUAAUGCUGUUGCAACACUACGACUGGAAUAGCAUUUCCUUGGUAGUUCAAAACACGUCGAAAUGGCAUGCGAUAGCGGACUCUUUCGAAAGAAGAAUAGGAAAUAAAGAGGGAAUUUCUGGAUACAACAUAACUGUCCAUCACAAAAUUCAUUUUGACGAUAACAGGUUGUGUUGCGCUCUUCGACAACCUUGUUGCUACGUGGCCUGGCCUCAUGACAUAUUCGAAAAAAUUAAAUCCACGACCAGGGUUUACGUAUUCCUGGGAGAGACGAUGUCCCUGCGGAUUUUUAUUCAAGCCAUUGAAGAUCGGGAAUUGUGGCAAGCCAACCAGUAUCUCGUGAUCUCUUGCGAUGCAGAGGCGUUUAGUACUUUUUGGGCCACCAGUUUUCUGCAAUCCCCACGUGAAACACAGAAAGAAAUGGAAAGUGAAUCUGGGAACUGGGAUACUAACAGCAUUCUGACUGAAUCAAGGAAAUUUCAUUCUUAUAGCAAUUUGAUUGAAAAUUCCUGGCUACCGGAUGGACCGCCGUCCUCAAAACGUUCGCCUUCCAGAGAUGAUUUUAGAACUAAAACUACUCCUGGAAUUUUGAUGGUUGUACGUAAUAUUGCAAAUGAGCAUCUAAACACUUUCACACGACGUCUCCGUUGGUUUUCCAGCAACCAAACAGAAGAGAAAGUAUCGCUACCUUCUUCCAUUUAUGCUGCUUAUGCCUACGACGCAAUCAUGGUUUUAAUGCAAGCUUUAACAUUUCACACGCAAAAAAUCGGUUCAAACGGAAUGGAUAGGAGAAAAGCGGCUUUGAACGGAUCACUUCUCUAUAGUACCAUAAUGGAAAUUCAAAAUUUCUCUAGUGCUCGAGGAGGAUUUAUUUCGUUUGAUGCCAAUGGAGACACUGAAGAUAGCUACAUUGCCGUUGGCUCCCUAGAUUUAUUCUCAUCGAAAACCAAUUCAUCGGCAGACGUCCAGAGGAAUGUGAUGAUUCCUUUCGGCUACUUUCGUGGAACUGUGUUCGUUCCGAGUCCGACUGUAGAAUUCAAUCAGACAAUUCACAAUCGUCUUUCGGAAAAUAAUUACGCUAAAGUUACCUACGACGCUGAAUUGCUCAACGACAACAUUAAUAUUUUGAUGGUUGUUGUCCAUCUUCUAACCUUGGUUGCAAUGGCAUACACAUUUACAUACCAAACAAGAAAAUUAGCUGCAAAAAUGGACAUUCUCACUAUUAAAAUAGCAGCAUCGACCGAUGCAGAACUUUGCGCCCAUCUGUUAGAUGCGAAACAGAUGCGUGUUAUGAAUUACAAUAACCACCCCAACAAAGUCGUCGACGACUGGCGCAUGAAAGUGUGGUAUAAAUCUUUGAAAUUAAAAUCUUCAUGGCCAGCAUUUAAUUGUAAAACAAUAGGAGAAAUCCGCCAGAUACGAACGUUUCAACACGAUAAUGUGAAUCCAUUUAUAUGCGCCAUUAUUGAGCCUGCUCGGAUUUGUCUCAUCACUGAAUUUCAGCCACGAAACAGUCUCAUGGACGUACUAUCAAGCUCAAAUCACGAUUUCAGCUGUAAAAUGGUUGCUUCACUGGCCACUGAUUUGGUUAGAGGAAUGCUCUACAUUCACAGCACCAAAUUACGCUGUCACGGAAACUUAAAGUCAUCAAAUUGCCUACUCGAUUCAAACUGGACUCUUAAAAUAGGGGACUUUGGUUUACAAGAAUUACGCAAUGCAGCAAAAGACCCGAUCAAGAACGAGAGAGAUUAUUACUUCAGUUUGCUUUGGACAGCUCCCGAAAUUUUACGAAACGGCCCUUCACUAAUCGGUACACCCGAAGGUGACGUCUAUUCCUUCGCCAUAAUUCUGCACGAAAUGGUCUGCCGCCAAGGUCCCUUCGCUAUCUGCUAUGACCUUGGUGAUCCGAUAAGAAUCGUUAAUAAAUUAAAGCGGACCCUUAGAGGAUGCCAAAUCCCUAUUCGACCUCCCAUGGAAACAUUAGACUCGAAUCUGGCCUACAUGAUUCCCUGUAUGAUUGACUGCUGGACUGAAGAUCCAAAUGAGCGCCCCGAUUUUUCCUCGAUAUUUAGUUAUUUUUCAAAACUGGAAGAGACUAGUCUGGACUUAAAUCAUACGAAAAAUGUGUUGUCCGACAACGCUUGUAUCGAAGAAAAGAAGCGUGCCUUAAAAGAUGAAAUCCAGAAAAUCGACGAAGUUCUACAUCGCAUAAUUCCCAAAUCUGUAGCUAACUGUUUGGCAAAUGGACUUCCCGUCGAAUCAGAGUUAUGGGAAAACGUGACUGUUUUUGAAGCUGAUUUGGUUGGAUUCACCGCCAUUGCAUCGGAAACUACACCUCUUGGAACCAUGAUUCUCUUGGACGACGUUUACACUAUGUUCGAUUCCAUAGCCAGAGGCUACGAUGUUUGCAAGAUUGGAACUAUCGGCGAUGCCUAUAUUGUGGUUUCAGGGAUACACUCUUCACAUGGGAAAAAUUCCGCCGGGGAGAUUGCCUCCAUGGCCCUAGAGGUGGUAGAGAAAAUGAAGAACUCUGGAAUCGAACACCGAGGCAAGCCGCUAGUUGUGCGCAUUGGCGUUCACACAGGUCAGGUAGUGACGGGAGUAGUGGGCAGUUCUACGAUGCCUACCUAUUCUAUCUUUGGCGACACGGUAUCGGUAGCCUCACGAAUGGAAUCCACUAGCUCUGAAUUGCGCAUCCAGAUCAGCGAAGCCAGCUAUCAAGCCCUGCAGCAAAUUGGGGGCUACAUAACGGAGGAGCGCAAUGAUAGAACUGAUUCUUCCGAAUCGUUAAAAACUUACUGGCUGAUCGGGAAAACGUUGAAGGCAGUUCAACGAAGAGAGAAGGAUCGUUCGAAAGAAAAAUCACUUUGUAAUCGGCAAUCUAUUAUAUCUUUGACAAGUACGGAUAUUUUCAUCGAUCAUUCGACAGAAGAUGGCCGUGAAUCGUAAGUUCUGAUCUAGAAAAAAAAAUACCAUUCUUAUGUUAUGUUCCUCAACACGCUGACGAGCUAUUCUACGUCAGCUGUAUUAUGCAAUUUUAUGUUUGUAACUAAAUCAUUUUCAACGAGCCAUAGUAAUAUCAGGGAUAAAAUUAGAGAUUGACGUAUUAGAUUCCGUCAGCGGAGUGUUCCUAGCUCGACCUCGAGUAUUUUCCGCAUCGAACAUUUGCAACUUCUACUAUUACAAAGACGUGCUGGGUGUUGGGUAUUAACUUUUCAAUUUCCUGGCGACCUUCAUUCAAAAGCGCAAGGGUAUCUUUUGUCAGUUUCAUGUUCACAUCACGUUCGCUAGCGUCUAUUUUUGGUCAUAAUGCACUUUGUUCUUUCGCUGCUGAUCGUAUGGCAUCGUCCUCUGAAUUCCUGUUUGUGUUUUUCUCAAUUUCUGUCUUUCAGUCCAAGUGUAUCUAAAAUCCCAUUCGUCGCAAUAAGCACGCAUGGCACGCAGUAUUUCGAAUUACAGCCAGCGAAAAGAUAAACAAAGCUCUCAAAUGACCCGUUAAGUUACCUGUUUUGUAAAAACAAAAAUAAAAUAAAAAGACCAGUUCAAAAUUUCACUCUACGGGUCGGUUCUAUUGUGGCCAAGCGUAAUAAUCCUGCCACCAUGCCUUAUCGCGGACUGUCCUAUUAAUGUUUCCAAGAAACCAUUUGCCAACUCUGUUCAUUGUUUCCACUCGAUUUUCCUAUAAGCAUAAACAAACCCCCUGAUUUCAAAAAGAAAACUCGAAAAGCAACGUAAAACUAAUGAUAUUAAUUUGUUUUAUUUGGCCCCUUUAUUCGCUUUUUCUUCCCUUGAAAUGAAAAACAAUUUUUAUCGAAGUCAAUACACCAGUCAUUAAAAAAAAAGUGUUUGCCGCUAACAGCAUAAACGUUAUUUUUUUAAAUAAAUGAUAAGUACAUGGUGUAAUCUACCUUCUGUAGCGCGCGCUAGAUACCAACGAAUGAUUUUUCGGACGUGUCAGUAAGGCUGUUAUCUCUUUGCGAUAUGAACACCGCAGUCUCUGUCGUUCGUCAUCCACAUAGUCUUUCAUUUUGUGGUUUCAGUCAUGGCGUACAAGUGUUUGUUUCUUUUGUUUGAGCCUGUAUUCCUCGUUUCAUUGGAUUUAUUUUUGGGCGUAGCAAGCUUCUGUUUCCAGAUUGCCUUUCUUUCGACCUACCUUUUGGCAACCGACUAUGAUUUAGUGGGAACGGGAAUUUGGGCUGGAAUUGUUUUCAUUGCGACUGCUGGGGUAGCAUGGACAAUGGAUGGUAAAGUCCAUAAAUUAAUUCUAGGCGCUGGACCUUGUCUUUCCUUUAUCUGCGGAAUUAUACUGUUUAGUCUAAACGUCGCCGCACUAAGUGAUCUUAACAAAGUGUGCCCUCUUGUUGUGACGUCGGCAAACAUCGAGUAUCACUGCUGGAAAGAAAUCGGAUUCGACGUUGUACUGAUGUUAUGCGGUUUAUUUGCCAUCCCUGUUAAUGCUAUUCUGGUAUUAUUUGUGUUUAAUCUAAUUAAGUCUUAAUAAUAAAAAUUUGAUUACAUGUCA